AUGGCAGACACUUAUGACUUCGUGAUCGUUGGUAGCGGACCGGCGGGUAGUUCCAUCGCCUCGUCCCUCGCCAAGUCGGCGAAGAAGCCUCAGGUCCUCCUCGUCGAGGCCGGGGGCAAGAACGACGACAAGGACCUGCGGGUGGACGGGCAGCGCUGGGUGACCUAUCAGAACAAGGCCAUGAACUGGGGCUACAAGACGGCGCCCCAGGAGCACUGCGCGGGCCGCGAGAUCGACUACUCGCGCGGCCUGGGCCUGGGCGGCUCCAGCGCCGUCAACUUUAGCGUCUACAACGCGGGCGCGAGCGACGACUAUGACGAGUGGGCGCGCCUCAUGGACGACGAUGCGUUCAGGUGGACCCACAUGCAGCGCCGGUUCAAGGCCCUCGAGUCAUUCGACCCGACGCUCCCGGCGGGCGUCGACGGCAAGUACGCCGCGCCGAAGGCUGAGAAUCACGGUAGCUCGGGGCCCUUGAAGACGGGCUAUGCGGCUGAGGUGGAGAAGGAUGUGAUACCCACUCUAGAUCUCUUCGAGAAGGCUGGGUUCCCUCUAAAUCCGGAUCACAAUUCCGGAAACCCGAUUGGAAUGGCGCUUGGGGUCAACUCAUCGGGAAAAGGGGUUAGAUCCACGGCGGCAGACCUACUCACGCCAACGCCGGAAAACCUGACCAUUAUCACAGACGCCCCAGUCCAGCGCAUAAUACUUGAAGGCAAGAAGGCCGUCGGUGUCGAAUCCAAUGGCAAGAAGUACCUCGCAUCCAAGGAAGUCAUUCUCGCAGGAGGCUCUCUUAACGACCCAAAAAUCCUCAUGCACUCCGGAAUCGGACCCAAAGCGCAAUUAGAAAAAUACGGGAUCCCCGUGGUCCAAGACGUCCCCGCCAUCGGCCAGGGACUGCGGGACCACAUGUUUGUGCCUCUCGCGUACCAACGAACCGACGGGGAAACCGACCGGCCUUCCUUCUACGGCGACAAGGAAGCCAUGGCCGCCGCGCUCGAGCAGUGGAAGAAAGACGGCACCGGUCUCUGGGCCAAAUUUGCCUGCGAGCUGCUGAUUGGAUGGUUCAAGCUCCCGCACCUGAGCUCGCUCCCCGAAUUCCAGGCCCUGCCGGAGGCCGAGAAAGCGUACCUGAGCCAACCCACGGUGCCGCACUACGAGAUCAUAACGCACUUCCCAAUCCACUAUUUCGUGCCGGACUUUCCGGACUCGUCGCUGAACUACUCGUGCCUCCUCGUCUUCCUGUACAACGCGCAGAGCCGGGGCGAGGUCACCCUGCAGUCCGCGGACCCGGACGCGCCUCCGCUCAUCGACCCGAAGUUCCUCUCGUCGCCGUUCGACCGGCGCGCCGCCGUCGAGAUCCUGAAGGACGUGAACCGGUUCCUGCGCUCCGAGGGCUACGCCAAGGACACCGUAUCCACGAUCGCGGGGCCGGCCGGCGACUCCGACGCAGACUACCUGGAAUACUGGCGGCAGGCUAUCAGCUCCAGCUGGCACAUGACCGGAACGGUGAAGAUGGGGAAGCCCGGAGAUGCGGACGCGGCCGUCGACAAGGAUUUUCGGCUGAUGGGUUUCGAAGGUCUCCGCGUCGCCGAUAUGAGUGUCGUUCCCAUCCUCGCGAGCUGUCAUGUUCAGAUCGUUGCGUAUCUCACCGGCUUGACUUGCGCCGAGAAGCUGAUUGCCGAGUAUGAUCUUGCCUAA